CUCAAAAUAUGGCUUCCAUUUAGCCACGUUCGACUUUAGACAUGUGAUACAGCUACGGGCUUUCUACAAUGAGGCAAACUUAAGUAGUUGCCCCUUUUCUAUUUAAGGAAAGAAGCUGUCCUAUUUGCAGUUGCAAAGCAAGUACAUCUACUUUCUAAUCUUUCUCAAAAAGGCAAUUGUCGGAGAUGGAAAUGGCGCAUAUGCUUCAUAUGAAUGGCGGCACUGAAGACACAAGCUAUGCUGCCAACUCCUUACUUCAGCGGAAGGUGAUAUCAAUGACUCGACCCAUAAUAGAGGAAGCCGCUAUGGGGCUCGUCAGCAGCUCCAACUUCUCCGGACGGAAUCUAGCCAUCGCCGAUCUGGGAUGCGCUUCAGGACCCAACACUCUUUUCGCUGUGUCAGAACUCAUCAAAGCACUAGACAAAGCAAGCAGGAAGUUGGGUCACGUAUCUCUCGAGUUCCAGGUUUUCUUGAAUGACCUCCCUGGAAAUGACUUCAACAGUGUCUUCAGGUCCUUGCACGGGUUCACAGAGAAGAUGAAGCAGGAAUUGGGGAUCGAGCUACCGAUGUUCUUCAAUGGAGUGCCUGGGUCUUUCUACGGCAAGCUUUUCCCAUCCGACAGUCUUCACUUCAUUCACUCGUCCUACAGCCUCCAUUGGCUAUCACGGGUUCCUCCAGGAUUGGAAGAGAUGAAUAAGGGAAAUAUUUCCAUCGGGAGCAGCAGCCCACCAGGUGUCUUGAAAGCCUACUACACUCAAUUCCAGACAGAUUUCUCCUUCUUUCUGAGCUGCAGGGCGCAAGAACUGGUGCGAGGAGGGAAAAUUAUUUUUACAUUACUGGGAAGGAGAUGUCAAGGCCCAUCCACCACGCCAUCCAUUCAUCUCCUCGAACUCUUGUCUGUCGUCCUCGACCAAAUGGCCUCUGAGGGAUUGAUAGAUCAAGAAAAACUGGAUUCCUUCAAUCUCCCAUUUUACAUGCCAUCCCCGAUGGAAGUAGAAACUGAAAUCCAAAAACAAGGCUCUUUCACCAUUGAGCGUCUCGAGGUUUGGGAAUCUAAUUGGAAUCCCCAUGAUAUGGAAGUAAACUUGCCUGAAACCCUACAAGAUGGUGGGCACAAUGUGGCAAGGUGCGUUAGGGCGGUGAUGGAGCCACAAUUAGUCAGUCAAUUUGCUUUGCAGCGGAAAAUCGCGGACGAGGUAUUCAUGAGAUACAGAGUGAUACUUUCGAAUUGGAUGUGUGAAAAGGAAGCUCAUCACUAUGUGAAUGUUACUGUCUCACUUACUAAACACUAGUGAUGCAUGAGGCAAUUUAUGUCGUAGCAUAAUGUUUUAGGUAUCAAAGAUAGAAAUCCUAAUCUGUCAAUUCUCUUAUCUAUCCAAUCCACCCAACUACCUAUAAUAAUUAAACAAUAAAAUAUGCCAACUAUCAAUACACCAAACCUACCCCUAUAAUUGAACAAAGCAUCAAAUGCUAGAAACCACAAUAGUUGGCCUUAUUAAUUGUUUUGUCGUAGGCCUUUCUAAUAAUGGAAACAAGCCUAGGAAUUGUGUAUAAAUAUGUAGCCUCAUUUGAGGCAUGGAGAGGGGCAGAGAGCUAGCUUUAGAGAGUGAGCAUAUUAUCAGAUAGCUCUUUGUAAAGGCAAUAAUUACCUAGUUGCGUGAGAUAUAAAUAAAUAUUAGAGUGAAAC